UCAGUUACUAGUACAGGCUGUUAGUUAAUAGCAGCGACCGUUCACUCUUGAAGCUUCAGACAACGUCGCCAGUUUGAGUGAUCCCCACAACACAGCAGCAAGCAAUACUACAUCAUCACCGUGCCACCACAGCUAUGGCACCAAACCUCUCUCUCUUCAGCGUCAACGCGCUUCUAAUCCUCUCAACCGACGGCACCCGCAUCCUCGCCAAAUAUUACCGAUCUCCGCACACGGCCAGCACUACCGGGGCAACGACUGAGAACCCUUACCCCACGCUGAAAGAGCAAAAGGCGUUUGAGAAGGGACUCAUGGAGAAGACGGCGAAGUCAACGGCAGAUAUCAUCCUCUAUGAUGGCCACGUCGUCCUGUUCAAGGCCGAGAGCGACGUGAUGCUGUAUGUCGUCGGAGGAAUGGAAGAGAACGAGAUGAUGCUGUACCAAGUUGUCCUCGCACUCAGGGACACGCUACAGAUCCUGUUGAAGAACUCUACCGACAAGCGAACCAUAAUCGAGAACUACGACCUCGUUGCGCUGGCGAUCGAGGAGAUUGUUGACGACGGUGUGAUACUGGAGACAGAGCCGGGGGCAAUUGUGCAGCGGGUUUCACGGCCGCCGCAGCAGGACAUCCAGGUCAGCAGUAUCGACCUGUCGGAAAAGGGGCUCUUGAAUGCGUGGGAGUUUGGAAAGAAGCAGUUGGCAGAGCGGUUGAGGCAGGGACUGUGAGACUGUAUACACGGCAACGAGACUACCACAACAGUCAUUUGAUUGAUUCCCUCUACUUUGAAAGGAAGGGGGCAUGCUUUCCAUCAAGUUUCCCAACGGCGGCAGCGUCAUGGUGUGAGGCUUGUUAUUGAUGGAGAUCCGGUCGCUGUUUGCUUGCCAUUGCCAGGAAUCGAUUCUACUAGACGCGGAGAUCUCGUUGCUGUUUGACUAUUAUGUACCUAUAUUGGAGUUAUCUGGAGCGGUGGAUUGACUGGA